GAGAGCUCGAGCUACUAAUUGCUAACUAUGCAGCUAGCGAAUCGGACGAGCGCCACAUGACUUACAGGCCAGAAAUACAAUCAACGAGGCCGUAUAGACAAUGGUUUUGGUGAGGAACCCGGUAUAAUUACGGUCUUCCCCUCGAGGCACCAGAUGGAAAUCCAUCACGGCGGGGGAAGCGAGCGGCCAGUAGCGAUGACGACAACAAGCAGCAGAGCCCGUGCAGGCGAGUGAGUAGAUGGGGGGCGGUGAAAGGGGAAACCAAGGGGGGAAGAAGGGAGAUAAAAGAAUGAAUAAAGGUGAUGGUUAUAUAGGGGGGGGUAGCACUGAGAAUCCCGACCGGGAUAAAGAGAAGAAAGAAGAAGAAGAAGAAAAGAACCAGGGGAAUCAAGAGGAGAAGAGGAGAAAAAGAGGUGGUCUAAAAAGCCGGAUUGAAGGCAGAAACAAGCAGGGCUGGUCAGGUGGUGACAGUGACAGUUGCGCUCGGGAGCUUAUCCCCGAAAGCAUCAAAUCAGUCCAUUCAGCAUUAUCAUCAUCAUCAAGUGAAAGGGAAAAAACAUCUCUGAUCUCGACUCAGAGGACCUCCCACUUCAUAAGAAAUACCUCAGCAUCGUGAAAAGGACCGAGAAGGAGGGGGGAAGGGAGAAAUAGUAGUGUAUGACAAGACUGACCUGGUCAUGUCCUCAUGGUUCGCAUGUUUCGAGGAAAGGGACCUCCAUCUGGCAUGAUACUUCAGUCCAUCACCAUUCUCCACCGGUAAUUCCCUCAGCCAUCAGCGGACAACAGACG